AUGUCUGUACAAUCUACAAAUACAAACAAUCCAACAUCAGAUGCUGUUACAGCGUCAGUUCCGUUUACACUAAAACGUUGGAAUCUUGUUGGUAUUUGGAGUUGGGAUGUGGCUCAUGAUGUAUGCGCGAUAUGUCGAACAGCAUUGUCAGAAUCAUGUCUACGUUGUCAAGCAGCAAGUAAUCUUCAAGAAUGUGUGAUUGUCUGGGGAACAUGUAAUCACUCAUUUCAUAAUUGUUGCAUGAGUCAAUGGGUUAAACAGCGAGCACAAUGUCCACUCUGUCAAACGGACUGGGUGAUCAAUCGUAUUGGACAAUAA